AUGUAUUCGAUCCCUCACCCCGUCUCGGCCAUCCGAACCCGCAUGAGGCAGGAGUUUGAGCGCCACCGAUACGUCAACAAGCUGCCCGCCGUCGAUGUCCUCCUUUUCCAGAGCAACGCCGAUUAUCAAGAAACCAUGAACUUCUGGCGUCAGACGAACCACCUCAUGUCCUAUUUCAAGGAGGAGAACUUCAGGGGAGAGAAGAGACUGCCGUCCGAUUUCGUUACCGGGUUUCUGGAGGGCCGCAACUAG